AUGGAGGACCACGUCACCCACUUUCUCCUCGACCUCAAAGACAUUGAUUUCACGUUGAGCGUGACACCGGCGCAACUGUGGCAAGCAGGAGGUGGACAGCAUGUGAAGAUCUCCGUGAUCGAAACCCACGGCCGGGCCAGCGGGUUGCCCGAUACCAGCGGCCUCGCCAAGGCUAGGGAGCGAGACUCCUCUGACAAGGCCAUGAACACGGUGUCUGUAGAGGACCUGUUGGGUAUGGAGUGGGCCGACGAAAUCCAGGUGGCUUGCUUUGCUCAGCAGGUCCACUCGGAAAAUCACCUUCCUUCGGUAUCAUCGUAUGUCUCGAACCCUGUCACUAGCCACGGACUGACAGCUAGGUUCUCAACUACGAUUAUAAUAGGCUGUGUGGCUCUUUGUGCUGCGGCUUCUUCGAGUUGGGUUGGGAACUGUCCCGAGUCGACUACACUAUCGGGCGACAGCGGAGGUACUCCGCGCAAGCCAGGUCUGAGCAGCGCGAGAAGAAGGACGAUGAACACUGAUACUAUUCUCAUCGACAAGUUUGGGACGAACAAACGCGACAACAGAGAAGGCGAUUCACCUUCUUACGACGCGCACACGCAAUCAGUCGGGGUGCGGGUGUGGUCAGUAUCUGGAAUCAAUCGUUCGCAGACCAGUCCCAUCCGUCAUGUCGUCGUUCUCGAAAUCGAGAACAUCGAUCGCAUCUGUCAAGAACACGAUCUCAAGACUGCUAGCACUGGUAUGGGUGGUAGUGGAGCUCUAUCGGAAUGUCAACCUGGAGCCCUCAACAUCGACCACAACAGGGCUACAAGCCAAGAAGAUCACCAUAGGCUCGGAUUUCAUACCAUCCAUCGCAGGGCAAAUCCGAAGAACUGA